UUCUAGAAGCGGCUCAGUUCUUCAUCUCUUCUCGUAGGUACUUUCCAGAAACCAGAAGAUCAUUCUCCCAGCGUUAGCUAAGGAAAUCCAAGGAAUCAGAUUUUCCUUCGCACACCUAGAGGAAAGGGAAAAGGAAAACAAGAGCGGAGAAAGAAAGGAAAAAGGAUGUCGGUAUAUUAUCAUUGGAAGACCUUCGAAGAAGACGAAGAUCGACCGGAGAAGCCUCGGCGAUACGGCGUCACCGAGAUGCGCGGUCCUCAGUAUAAUUUAUUGGGCCACAACAUGCUUCAGGAUAUUUUUGAGUCCAUGGGGCAAUUUGUUGAUGGGCUGAAGUUCUCUAGAGGUUCCCAUAGUCUUAUGCCAAAGUCUUUUAUCAAAGAGGUGAUUGACAUGGCCCACCAACAUGAUGUCUAUGUCAGUACAGGUGAUUGGGCAGAACACUUGCAUCGUAAAGGUCCAUCAGCUUUCAAAGAAUACAUUGAGGAAUGUAAAAACAUGGGCUUUGACACAAUUGAGCUCAAUGUGGGGUCACUCGGAGUUCCAGAAGAGACACUUUUGAGAUAUGUUCGCUUAAUUAAGAGUGGUGGUUUGAAAGCAAAGCCUCAAUUUGCUGUGAAGAUUAAUAAAUCUGAUAUUCCCAUGAGUGGCGAUAGAGCAUUUGGGGCUUAUAUUCCUCCGACACCUCGAAGCUCGGAAAUUGUUGAAGAUGUAGAUCUCUUGAUUAGAAGGGCUGAGAGAUGCUUGGAGGCUGGAGCUGACAUGAUAAUGAUUGAUGCUGAUGGUGUCUGCAAAGAUGCUGAAUCUCUGAGGGCAGACAUAAUUGCAAAGGUGAUUGGACGACUAGGUCUUGAGAAAACCAUGUUCGAAGCUUGCAGCGCUAGAACUGCAGAGUGGUUUAUAAAAAGCUAUGGUUCCAAGGUGAACCUCUUCGUGGAUCACUCCCAAGUAAUUGGUCUAGAGUGCCUCAGGGGAUGCAAUGUGGGUAAAAAUAAUGCUCCUUUCCGUAGUUCACCAUAUUAUUUUCUGACCUAAGCUGCUGCUUUCUGGCGAUACCUAUAACUCGUUGGAAGUCGACUGGUUGUGCUACUGUCAUAAUCUUGUAAUGUUUGUGUCAGUAAUACUUAAUAUACCCCCAUAUUAUCUGUUCUGAAGUGUUGGUUUGUAGAGAUGAUACUUAAAUCCCCGCUGGAAAGCAAUGGCUACGAGGCUUUUGCAA